AUGUCUGGUUUCUUAUUUGUAUUAGCCAUUGACUAUGGCAUGAAACAAACGAUUAAAGAUCAUGAAUCAGGAAUCAGAUGGAAAUUUACCACCAAACUAGAGGACCUUGAUUUUGCUGACCACCUAGCACUACUGUUUUCCAAAUUCCAACGCAUACAACUGAAAACAGAUAAACUUCAAGAGAAUGCCAACAAAAUGGGACUUAAGAUUAACACCUAUAAUACAAAAGUAAUGUGUAUGAACACCACAAAUAACAACCCUGUGAAGUUAAAUGAGAAAGAACCAGGGGAUAUCGAUACCAUCACUUAA